AUGGCAGAUCGACCGCAAUACUUCGAGAAUACGUUGACGCCGCUAUCAAUCAAUACUACCACUCUUUCCGAGAGCCUCCACGAGCUUCGUGUUGCUGUGCGUAGUGGUGCCGAGUUGAUACAAGAGAACACUCCCUUGCCUGAAACAUGGGGCUCAAAUGGCAUAAUGAGAGCUUUCCCAGGCAUUGCUCUGGCAUUCCUGCGCCUAGAUUACCAGUCCUCGGUGCUAGACGAUCACAGGGCUGCUUCUAUUGACUAUCGUCUUUACGCACUACAACGGAUUCCAUCAAGCCUCCCGGACACUCCUCUGCUAGCCUCCAGAUUGUCUCCAAUUGGCUCAUCUUCGCCUGUAACUGCUGCCACUCUGCGAAUUUUAGGUAUUUUUGCAAAGAAUAACUCGCAAGAUAGCCCCAAUGUUAGCAUUGCCGGAAAGGACAUCAUUUGCCUUCAUGAUGCCAUGAAAUGCGCACUAACGAACGAGCCUCUUGUUAUUCAUGAAGGCCGAAAAAUGGGUGGAGAUGAGAUGCUAUUUGGGCGAGCAGGACUUCUUUGGGCCCUUUUGAACAUUCGUGCUCAUCACUUUGAUAAAGAGACCCAGGCAGUCCUCUCACCUAUGCUGGGGGGAUUCCUCAGUUGA